UUCAAUGUUUGACAUAAGAAUCCCCCAGAUGUCAUAGGUUAUGUAUCCAGAUUUUUCAGAUCCAGAUUGACUGUUGAAAAACAACACGGAAUUUAUUACUUGAUUACCACCGAACGAGAGAAAUGGAAGCAAAACCGAAAAGUGAACAUUUGUUAGCGUUAAAAGUUAUGCGGCUUACCAGGCCGACACUUGCUAGUCCAGUAAUUGUCUCUUGCGACUCGACAGAUCUUCCAGGUAACACACUCAAUAAUGAGCUUAAAAAUGACAACACCUCCCUCCAGGGAAUGGAGACCCUUGCUGUUGGCCAAUUCAUGAUGUUGCCACAGAGUUUUGGUAAUAUCUACUUGGGAGAAAUAUUCUCGAGCUAUUUAUGCGUUCACAACGGUAGUUCCCAAUUAGUUAAAGACGUGAUUGUGAAAGCUGAUCUUCAAACUAGUUCCCAACGAAUACCUUUGUCUGGUCAUAACGGUAUGCCUAAGGAACUAGGCCCUGAUAAUACAGUGGACGAAGUUAUCCAUCACGAAGUUAAAGAGAUUGGGACACACAUAUUGGUUUGCGAAGUUACAUAUACCCCCACAGUUUCUGAACCUGUUCCAUUAUCAUUUCGCAAAUUUUUCAAGUUUCAAGUCGUCAAACCACUCGAUGUUAAAACCAAAUUCUAUAAUGCAGAGUCUGACGACGUUUAUCUGGAGGCUCAAAUACAGAAUCAAACUGCCGGUCCAAUUUGUUUGGAGAAAGUAGCACUUGAGUCAUCCCACUUAUUCAAUGUAACAACCUUGAACACAAACUUGCAAGGUGAGUCUAUUUACGGGCGAGUGAAUCUAUUAGAUUCUGGAUCGAGCCGGCAGUACUUAUACUGCCUUACUCCUCAACCGAGCUUAACCAAGGAUCCAAAAAUGAUGCAUAAUGCAACUAACAUAGGAAAACUUGAUAUCGUUUGGCGGAGUAAUUUGGGUGAAAGAGGACGCCUACAAACGAGUCAGCUGCAGAGGAUGGCUCCAGAUUUUGGAGACUUGAGAGUAACAAUGAAGGAGAUACCACCUAUUGCGUACCUGGAAGAACCAGUGAACUUCAAAUGUCGUAUUGUAAAUACUUCAGAGAGAAAUAUGGAUAUAAUGUUGGGCCUAGAAUCUAAUAAGUCUAUAGCAUGGUGCGGAGUCUCUGAGACUGUGAUAGGAACUCUUAAAUCGGGAGCAUCAUGCGACAUUCCAUUGUGUUUAAUUCCACUCGACACAGGACUUGUUACUGUUUCAGGUUUGAAAUUAGUGGACACAUUUUUAAAACGCGUCUACGAUCAUGAUGACCUAGCCCAAAUAUUUGUACAUCAAGUCGACUAAUUAUUAUUUAUACUAAUAGAAAGUGUUACUGGAAAAGAGAUUCUAAUAUAAUAUUUGUUGUAUAAAUAUGUAAAUAUGAUCAAUAAUUAUUAAAUCUGAUGAUAAUUAUCUAUUAUGAAAGAAAGUUUAU